CCUGAAAGGGUUUUAUGGACAAAGGUUUCUCUCCAAAACAUAUUUGAUACUUUGCACGAUUGUGUGCGUCCGCAUCUCCCCACAACGAGGGAGAUAGGUGAAAAGACCUUGUGCACUCUUGGGAGUAUCACAGAUGUGCAAAUUAUCACUUUGGAAGAUUGGAGAUCGACUCUAAGCUCACAAAUGGCCUGGAAAGAUCCUGGGCCUCCACCAACUGAUCCUCUCGUAGCUUCGCUACAAGCAGAGUACUGCGAAGGUAUGGUUAAAUUGUUGAGGCCAUAUAUGGGUAUUACACUACAAGUCCAUGUCCCCUCUACCGAAGCUCAGUUAUCGAAAGGCCAGCAAUGGAUUCUCAAAGUCGUCGCCACCUGGGUGAUGUUCACUCACUCCAGUAUCGUCUGCUUUGACCGUGUUGGUGCGGCUACUAAUAGCACGUACGAGAUGUAUCAAGACCCAAGUUGUAGCACAGUAAUGCUGAGUAACCCUGUGAACACUGGCCAUACGCAAAAAGCCUUACUUUUGCGUGCUCUUCGUUUCUCUGCAAUUCAUCCAUGGAUCGCUGAGCAAACAAAACUCACAGAUGAGGAUAUGGAUAAACUUUAUCGUUAUACUAUCAAAAGGUUGUCCAAGUUUCUCCCACGUCAUUCAAUCUUGUCUCAAAAUCUUGAGACUUUGAAUCAGGUUUGGUCACUAGAAGACUCAAUGCAGUGGAAGGAGCUAGUCGAAGCGUACGAGUUGAUAUGA